AUGAACCUAUUGUUGAUUCUGCUCAGCGCCACCUUCUAUUUUGCAUUAUCUUUCAACGAUGGAUUAUUGCCUAAUGGGAACUUCGAGUUGGGUCCAAAGCCAUCACUAAUGAGAGGAACCAGAGUGAACGACCCACACGCCAUACCCAACUGGCAAAUUUCAGGUUUUGUCGAGUACAUAAAAUCGGGCCAAAAACAAGGCGACAUGUUGCUGGUGGUGCCGGAGGGAGCCUCGGCUGUGAGGCUAGGGGACGAGGCAUCGAUUAAGACAAAGGUUAAGGUCACAAAUGGGAUGUUUUACUCGAUUUCGUUUAGUGCUGCAAGGACUUGUGCACAAGACGAGAAAUUGAAUAUUUCAGUGUCACCAAAUAGUGAGCCAAAGGACUGGGGAAUUUUACCAAUUCAGACAAUGUAUAGUAGUGAUGGUUGGGAUACUUAUUGUUGGGGAUUUUUGGCAGAGUCCAAUGAAAUUGAGAUAAUUUUACAUAAUCCGGGAAAAGAGAAGGACUUAGCUUGUGGUCCACUCAUUGAUUCAGUGGCACUCAAGGCUUUGAACCCACCUAAAAGACCAAGAGGCAACAUGCUGAAGAAUGGGAAUUUUGAAGAGGGCCCAUAUAUUUUCCACAAUACAUCCUGGGGUGUCCUAAUUCCUCCCAAUAUUGAGGAUGAUCACUCACCACUUCCUGGAUGGAUUAUCGAAUCCCUCAAGGCUGUAAAGUACAUAGAUUCGGACCAUUUUUCAGUUCCCGAGGGCAAACGGGCAGUCGAACUGGUUGCCGGAAGAGAGAGUGCACUUACACAAGUCUUAAGAACUGUUCCCGACAAGACUUAUGAUCUAUUCUUCUCAGUAGGAGAUGCCAAAAAUUCAUGUCAAGGAUCAAUGUUGGUUGAAGCUAGUGCAGCCAGAGACAUUGUCCAGGUUCCUUAUGAAUCCAAAGGCAACGGUGGAUUCAAACGUGCAAAGCUAAGGUUCAAGGCAAUCUCAACACGCACUAGGGUUAGGUUUUUGAGCUCAUUUUAUCACAUGAAGAGCGACAAUUCCGGAUCNGGGGGGAAUUUUUAG